AUGAGUACACCUCCAUCCACAAAUAAUGUUAUUAUAACGAAAGUGGAGAUAGCUAGAUUUACAAUAUAUUUGGUGUCUUUAAUGGUUUCAGUGCUUAUGUAAAUGCGAAUGGAAGAUUAAGGUACUAUGAAUACAUCAGUUUAAAAUUCGAUGUUUUCAGGAAUUUAAAAUGUGUUUAAGUUUACUAAUCAAACUCGAUUUUCAAUGUUGAAUUGGGUGGAUAAAUAGUUAUAUCAUGGUUAUUCAUUGAAUCAAAAUUCCACAGAGAUGUAUAGUAGGUUGAUUCCAGCAACUUUCCUUGAAAUUUAAACAAAGUAUGCAAAAAUAGAUAGUUUGGUUAAUGUUUGGGAUAAAGAUUUAACUGAAGACAAAGCAAACUAAGGAUUUCAAUAGUAAUACAUUUACCCGUUUAUCCAACGAUUUCCACCCUACCCAGUAUUUAAAAAUAUCAGCUUUAUUGAUGAUGUUAGUGGAAUUACUUUGGAUUCUUUAAAAUUGAUCGAUACAGGGUACUUAACAUCAAAUACUCAUUCAUUGAAGGCAUAGGCUUCAUAUUAUAGUCCAAAUUUAUAGAUGAUUGUAAACAUUAUUCUUAUGACUAGUGUGUAGUCAGAAUCAACAUGGAAUUUAGUGCUGCAGGGUAAUCCUAUCAAUUUAUUCAAUAUGACUCAUUUAGAUUGAGUUUUUAUUAAAAUAAAACUGAUUAUAUACGGAUGGCUUUUGAAAUUGUAUUUGCAAUCAUUUAUAUCAACUAUUUAUAUAUGGAGGGUUAUAAGAUAUAUUUUAAGAUUUAGUUGGCAUUAAAAGAUGAUGAUUUAAAAGUAUAAGCAUAAAAGAAGAAAGAUUAAAGGAUGAAGUCAAAGAAGGAUGCUAAAAAAAGAGGAGGAGUUGUUUAGGGGGAAGAAGGAGAAGUUAAGCAUUUGGCAGUUUAAGGGGAGAAAUCAGAAUCUAAAGGUCUUGAGAAAAUAGAGGAGGCUAGAAGAAAAACUAAAAUUAUUAUUAAUGUUGUUAUUCAACAUAUUUCUGACAUCUGGAGUGCCAUUGAUGUGUUUAUCUUAGUUAUUCUUGGAAUUGCUGCUUCAGAAUAUAUUAAAGCGAUUUCCUCUUAACCAUAUUCAGACUCUUUAAAUGAAUUAUUUUAGAAUGCUACAACUUAUUAAUCUGUUUUUGAGCCCAUUUAUAAAUAGAUGCGUAAUGGAAUUUAAGUUCCUUAUACUUUAAAUGAUGAAUUUGCCUAAUAGGCUGAUGUUUUAAGAUUUUAUAGAAGAUUUUGUGCAGUUGCACUUUUAAUAAUGUGGAUCAAAUUAUUGAAGUAUUUCAUUAACAUCUUUAAACGAUUAGUAAGUUAUUUAGAAAUAAUAUUAAAUGUUAUUGAAUAUAUGAUAUUUUAUUUAGUAUUGUUGGCAGCAAUUUUGAUAUCAUUUUCAUUAUUCUUUUACUUUUAAUACGGAAGCUAAAUAUUCAUUACAUCAACAAUUGGAAGAUCUUUGUCUUACAUACUAGGAUUUAUGAUAGCUUAAAAUGAUUAAUUUAAUGAAUUAUUUAAGUAUAAUGAAGUCAUUACAUUUAUAAUGACUAUCUUAUAUUAUGUAAUAGUAAUUAUCAUAUUAUGUAAUAUGUUUUUUGUCUUUGUUAAAUAGGAAUAUAAUGAAUAUUAAAUGAAGCUUGAAAAAUAAUCAUAAAAAACUAAUAAUUCAAAAAAACAUGAUGAAGUUGUUAAAUAUAUACAUCCUUACUGGUAUUUUUAUAAUAUUGCUGAAUAUUUUGUAAUGAGAUUUUGGUUCACUUUAAAAUUACAACCAUCAAAAUUUGAUGAAUAUAAUGAAAAUAAAGAAUUAUUAUAUGUGAUUAAUGAGAGAGAAUUCAAAGAAAAUCCAUAAACCAUUGAUUUUAAUGUUGAUUUUGCUAAUUUAAUAAAUUAAUCAGUUGAUGAUGAUGAUAAGAAUUAGAAAUUCUUAAUAGAGGAAGAAAAAGAAAGAAUUUUAAGUAAAUAGAAAAUGGAACUUAUUAAAUUGAUAUGGAAAACAGUACUAUUAUUAUUAAUAUUAUCUUUAAAUUUUAUCCUUCUAUAAGAGUUUUAUAGUCCUGCUGAUGCUUAUUUAUAAAGUGACUCAAUUUCUAGAAAAAUUAAAUUUGAUAGAUCAAAUGCAUAAAAAUAAUACAAAGAUUUAAAUACAAUUCAAGAUAUGACAGAUUGGUUAAUUUAUGGAUUUCCUGAUCUUUUUGAAGACAAUAUAUUUGGAAAUAAUGAAUUAGCAAUUUUAAAAGGUCAAGCUCCAACAAUAAAAGUUAAUGCCUCUUCAACAGAUAAGAUACUUAAUUAUUAACUUUAAGAAUAUGCUUUUGAUAAUCUAAUUAGAACUAGCUCAUUAAAUACUUUCAAUAUUGUAGUCAAUGAUGUAAUUAGAGUAACUAUUAGAAGAUCAUUAAUGGUAAAUAAUACAAUUGAACAAUUCUCUACCUUUGCCUCUGAAACUAUGUUAUUAUUUUUAGAUUCUCCAACUGAUAAUUUAGAUUCAGAAUUUGAGAAUUAUGAGAGUUUUUAUGAUGCUGACACUAAUUUUACUAUAGAUUAUGAUGAUUCAAAUGGAUUUGAAGGAUAUGGAGGUUUAGUUAUGUUACUUGAACCAAAAUAAUUAAGUCCUGUUAUAAAUUCUUUGUAGAAAGUCAAAUUGAUUGAUAGUGUCAGUUCUAUAGCAAUAUAAUUUGUUACAUUUAAUCCAAUAAAUGCCAGAGGAUUAGCACAUAUUAAAUUGUCAUUUGCAAUCAAUUAAUGUGGUGCUUUAUCCUUUAAAUUAAUUGAUGUACAAGGAAUUAAAAAGAACUCCUUAUAAUCUGUAAGUGAAAUCAGUAUAUUAAUCUUAUCAGUCUCACUUAUCAUUGCACUUUGCUAUUAUUUAUAUGUGACUAUUAAGACAAUGUUGCAUAAGAAUUUUUCUUAUGACAGAUGGUAUAGUACUUACAUAUUACUAUCAUUAAAUAGAUCAUAAUUAUACAUGAGAGAAAGACAUAUGCCAGAAUUCAUAAGAAAAUCACUCUUUUUAAUGGAUAUAUCAUAAUUAUUAAAUUUAUUAUUUUUGACUCUUCUUGGAGCUCAAAUUACAUUAAUACUAUAUUAUUUCUUUUAAGUGAAUACUUUGAUUCAAGGAUCAAAGAUAUUUGGAACUUCAAUCAAUGAUUUAUUACCUUCAACAUUAUUUUCUGUAAAUUAAAAUGUGGAUGAUUAUCUUUUCUUUAGUUAAGUAUAAAAUAUUGGUGAUAACAGUAAAUUGAUUGGAGCAUUUGGAUCCUGUGCAAUUUUAGUAUUAUGUUUAGAAAUUUUAUAUUUACUUUCCCAUAAUAAAGAUUUUUAAACCUUGACAAAUUCAAUCAAGUAUACAUUAUCUCAUCUACCAUUUAUUUUGAUUAUCUUAUUAGGUAUAAUUGUGGCUUUUUCAUCAAUGGCUCAUUUAGUAUUAGGAACUGAUUUGAUUUAAUAUUCUACAUUCUUUGGUACUAUUGUUAAAAUGCUUGAUUUUAUUUCCAAAAUAGAUGAUAUAUAAUUCUUUCGUUUAGAUGACAGAACCUUAGAAUUCUAUCUCAUGAUACUACCAUAUACAAUAACUGUUAGAUUUAUAAUUAUGAAUAUGUUUUUUGCUAUUACAUUAAGAGGCUAUUUGCUUAGCAAAGAAAAAUAGGCUGAAGAAUAAUUAAAUUAGAAAUCACAUCCUUUAUCAUUAACUUCAUAAGAAUUUGUUAUGCUUUCUAUUUAAAUGUUUACUUUUAAAGAAAAACUUAUUAAAGUUGGAUCUGAUUAAUAUUUAAUGUAAAUUAUUAAACAAUUCCAACCAAUUAAGGUUUAUUCUUCAAUAAAGGAUAACAUUAGAAAUUAAACAAACUUAACUGCCAUGAAAGCUUGGGCUGAAGAAUGUGCAAAAGAGAUUAAAGAUGAAAAAGAAAUAAGAAAACCACUUGAUGUUGCUUGUCAUGAAUUAUUAUAGGCUUACAUAGAUUAAAAUAAUAAAGGGGAGUUUGAUAUUUUAUAAAGAUUGAAUACGGAUCCAAAGAGAAAACUAAUUGAAUUCUCUUUGAAAUUAACAUAUAUCAAUUAUUUUAGAUUUGCUAUUGAUUAGUUAGAUAAAUUUACAGUCUUUUUUUCAAAGAAAAGAGAAUAAAUCAGAUCUAUCUUAUUUUCGGACAGUAAAGGAGAAGAUUAUAAAAAAAUGGUCUAUAUUUGUUCUUUGGAAGCAUAACUUGAAGAAAAUAUUUAAAGCAUGACAUUUAUAAAAUAAGAACUUUUAGCCUUAGGAUUUGAUAUUGGUGAAGCAGGUGAAAUAGAUAGCAAAGAGAAUGUUAUUAAAGUUAAACAAUAAAAAUAAAAAACUAUGAAAGCAACAUUUUAAAAUCCUAUGUCUGAUAAGAUAUUUGAGAUUACAAAAUUAAAACCAGAUAAAAAUUAAGAUAUAAAAAACUCUCCUGAUCAAUCAGAUAAUGAACCUGAUCAAGAUAAUUAAUUUGGAGAAUAGCGUGUGGAAAAAGUUACUAAACCUUCCACAUUUAAAUAAGCAUAAACCAUUGAGGUGAAAUAGGAUGAUAAAAAAAAACAAGAGAACAAAGAUCAAUAAUAAGGUGAAACUACAGAAAAGUCAACAGAUGAAAAACCAAAAUCUGAUUAACCACCAUAACCAGAAUAGAAGAUUUCAAAAGCAAUAGUUAAAAAUAUGUUCUCAGUAGGUGACAAGAAAUAAAAAAAAUGA